AUGAAGCUGCCAUUCAUCUGCGUCCUUAAUAAGGUUAGUCUUUGUGGUACGAAUUUUAUCCGUGGCUUUGGGUCGAUGUCUUGUCAGUUAAUCUCCGCGCAGUAUCUAGUGCAAUUUCUGCAACACUGCAGAUGCUGGUCAAAUCUUACGACGCAAAUCAGGGCCAAACAAAUAACGUAUCCGUCCACUGCGAACGUGCGUGACUUUGUGGAGUACCGGGGUGUUAUAGCACUUACAUUUUCGCCUGGGUAGAAUCCUAGCAGCCUCCCUUAUUUGAGUGAGCCCGCUUUGUGUACAGCGAAAAUUCUGAACCCGCGGUCAGAAUUCUUAAAAUGUCAAUAGCAGUGAAAGCACGAUUCCCAGAUAACAUACCAAAGGAAGGAGAAUAAGAGGCGCUUGCCGGGAGAGAUGUGUUGGAUACGAUCGCGGUCGCCGAUUAUCUCCGCGGUCAACGAGGGCCAGUCGAUACGGAUCACGGUGAACUGCGGGUCCGAGGCAGCCCCACAGUCGGCAUUGGCGGGCCACACAUCGAGCAAAGUCCACCAUGUAAUGGAAGCCAUGCGCCCUACUUUUCAGCGUCUAAAGAUGGGUAAGCGAAAUCAACACUCCAAACGUCAGACCCCCAAUAAACAUCUCCCGGUGAACGCCUCCUCUUCUUGACUUGAAUUUGCGUUAGACUGAGAUGCUGGGGAAAUGACAACUACUUAUUUCGUACACCUUAGUCUCAUGGCAUUUAGUCCAACAUCUUUGCGGGCACACAUGUGUAAGCUACUCAUAAAGGACGUGUUUAAGUAAGCACGUAAAUUGCGCACAUCCUGAAAAGGAUAGUUGGACGCUUUGAGCAUUAUUUUUAAGCGGAGAGCCACCACUAUGCCGGAGAGGACGAAGUAAUGACCUGUGCAUGAUUUGCAGCAUUCUACUUCCCUCACACCCAUUGUGGUCGGAUGACAAAACAAGGUCAAGACAACCGGAGAUUGUCAUGGCCGAGGUGGCUGACGAGACUAAAACACCUGUCUAGUCGAGCAACACACGACCGCGCCCCGGACUCUACACGCGCCGGGCGUUAACGGGGAGGGGGGUUAAGUGUCUGAAGGGCCACAUCAAGGCAUAACAUUCUGGAGAAGAGGUCAUUUUUCCAGUCAGCUGUCGGCUUCACAAACCGCACGUUUUAGUGCGUCGUGAUGGCUUCUAAUGCACCAUAUCUUUAGUUAGAAAUGCACAGAAUUGCCACGGGAAAUUGCACCCCCAGCAUCGGCCCGAACCUUUUACACCUAUUCGAGUCUGGUGACGAGACUUGGUGCAAUAGCCGAGGUGGCCUGCCGCACGCACCCAUGAUAUUAACUAAAGGCUAGACGGUACCCGACCGAACCAGUGUCUCUCCGUUCGAUCUAAUGCAGCUGUAUCAUAGCACAUUUGUUGGCAGUUUUAAGCGGAACAGUUUUCUCGAGAAACAGCCAUGAGGUCAAUUUAAAAUGAACUUUGAAGGCCGAAGGCAGUAAGUUUUUGUUUUAGUAAUCUUGAAGCAGGUGGUCGGAGGGCCAGAAGACUACCGUGUAACUCCUCUUUCCGCCCCCAUUUCUGCCAGACUGACAUAAUCGAUUGCCAGUUCGCGAUCAGCUGGAUGCGAGACUUUGAGGCCUUCCAGUCAGCCUUAUCGGCAUAU